AUGGAUCCUGCUAUUGCACGUCGGCGGCUAAUUGCAAAGGCUGUGGUCCUUGUAGCAGUUAUGUCAGCCUGGUUGGAUGCAUGGUUGAGGCACCGACUGCAUGCUAGGAGGUCUAUCACUUAUGGCCCAAUGCACCAAAGAGACCAAGAGAGACAAAACAACCUGAGAUUCAUUUAUGAAUCCACUGAUGUUGAGUGUGUUGACUUACUUAGGAUGAGAAGGGCCCCUUUUAUGCAGUUGUGUGACCUUUUUCGCACUAGGCAGCUAUUGAGAGAUAGCAUUCAUAGCUCAGUAGAGGAGCAGGUUGCCAUGUUUUUACAUGUGGUAGGUCAUAAUCAAAGGUUUAGAGUUGUACACAUGACCUUUCGAAGGUCUAUUGAGACCAUCAGCAGAUACUUCAGGGAAGUGUUGUAUGCUGUUGGUGAACUGAGAAAUGAAAUGAUCUUGCCACCUUCAACUGCUACACCAACCAAAAUUAGAGAUAGCCACAGAUGGUACCCCUAUUUCAAGGACUGUAUUGGUGCCAUUGAUGGCACUCAUGUGCUAGCAAGAGUUCCUAGAAAUCAGAGAGCUGCCUUCCUUGGCAGGAAACACACCACAACACAGAACAUCUUAGCUGCUGUAGACUUUGAUCUAAGGUUUACAUAUGUUCUUGCUGGCUGGGAGGGAUCAGCACAUGAUGCCCUUAUCCUUGCUGAUGCCCUUGAGAGAGAAGAUGGUCUAAAAGUGCCCCAAGGUAAAUUUUACCUUGUGGAUGCUGGUUAUGCUGUCAGGCCUGGGUUUUUACCCCCUUAUCGUGCCACACGAUACCACUUGAGUGAAUAUGGGGGGAGGAAUCCACAGAACCCAAAAGAGCUCUUCAACCUUAGACAUUCAUCACUAAGGGUGACAAUAGAGAGGGCCUUCGUUGCUAAUGAUGACAUUACUUACAUCCUGAUACCAUUGUUGACUAGCAAUGAUGAUUACUACUACUUCUACUUCUACUUUCCUAUGCUGAGAAUAUCUAUCUGUCUUCCCCCUAAUCUUUUACUUGUUCCAGCUAUGGCUGACAUGGUGUCUGGGGUUGGUAGCCAGGGGGCUAGGCCUGCUCUUAGGUGGAGUGCAGCAAUGUCUGGGUUUGUUCUACGCCGUUUUGUUGACUUGAUAGGUACCGGGGUUAGGACUGACAAGGGUUUUAAGGAAAUCCACCUUAACUCUGUUGCUAAAAAUGUCUCCGAGUUCUGUGGCCAAGAAGUAACAGGCCAGCAAGUGUACAAUCACCUUCGUAAGUGGAGGUCUAGGUGGGUCAAAGUUUGCAAACUAAAGGACAUUAGUGGCGCUCUUUGGGAUGAGGAUACCUUUGUCAUAAGCUUAGAAGAGGGUCAUUAUGCUGCUUACAUCAAGGAUCACCCAAAAGAUGCUGAUUACCUCAAUAGGCCCAUAGAGAACUAUAUGGCUAUGCAAAUCAUUUUUGGAAGUGGGGUUGCCACUGGUAGGUUUGCAAUGGGUUCAAAUGAGCCUUUGGGCAAGCCAAGUGACAUUGUUGACAUCUUAGAUGAUGGCAUUGAAGUGACCUCAGAGUUUGUUGAUGCUUCCAAUCUAACUGGCAAGGGAAAGACUGUUGAUAAGGGUACCCCUGGUGACUCCAUUGAUACCAAGCCUAUGUCCAACUUAGGGAAGAGGAAGAGGUACAUGACUGAUGAAGAUGUUGCUGUGUUCAAUGGGAUGAAAGAGGCUGUAUCUGAUGUUGCUGCUGCUGUCCGUGAAAGCAUCCAUGCUGAAGCAGCACCUGGGAUCUACAAUGCUGUAAUCAACUGUCCUGGGUUCUCUAGGGAGGCUCUCAUGUAUGCCCUAAACCACAUGAUGGAGCACAAGGCCACCUCCCUGGUGUUCCUGGACAUGACUCCUGAUGAUCGUGACCUAUGGCUCAAGACUUUCCUAGCCAAGCACUACCACAACUGAUGUG